CGAGAUAAACGCGUCGCAACCGCCAUUGUUCUUCACCCACAUCCUUCUCCCCUCCUCUCUUCUUUGCCUAUCUCCCCUUAUGCUCCGAACAUUCUUCAGCCACCAUGAAAUACCUCCCCGACGAGCUCGUACUCCACAUCAUCUCCUAUCUCGAGCCCGCUGAACUCGUCAACCUCCAACACGUCUCGCGCCACUUUUUAAAUCUAUCCCGCGAUAAUAAUCUUUGGAAAUCCUUGUGUUUCUCGCACUCGGCCGCCGAGCGACGACGCCGCCGCCUCGCAUCCGCAUCUGACAUCGACCCGCGUCUCGCAGAGCUUAUUCGCGCCGCUGAUACCCUUUCAAACACAUUCGAUACCUCUGUGCAUGACCCACACGCGCCGAGUGCCGACGUACAACAGGCAAGAAAUAGAGAGAAAAGGAGGCAGGUGUUGCUUGCGAAUUGGGAUCCGAGUUAUCCUGAAGAGAAGGUGAAUUGGUAUCAGGAUUUUAUACAGCGCCAUGCAGAAGAGAAGAUUAGCUGGUUUCAGGAUGUGGGGAGUGAGGGAAGGGAUGAGGAAGACGAGGGGCUGAGGCGUGAAGCUACUGGUGCGGGUAUACUAUUCGAUCAAGAUGGGAUGGCAGAUAAACUCGUUGCGCCGCUAGAUGAUGGGAGUAUUAGUAUAUGGGACGCGUGCGCAAGCAGUGAGACACAGGGAAGAAGUAUCGCGAAGAGCGAGGUCGGGCUGCUGCCAAAUAAAGGCUCGGAUUUGGAUCACGAUACGAGGCUCAGCCAGAGCCAGGCCAUCAUGACGGAGACGGGGGCAGUCGAGUGUGUGAGCAUCGACAGCAAAUUGAAGAAAGGAUUCUUCGCAGUGCAGAAUGUCCUGAAUGAGGUGGAUUUGAAUACUUUGAAGGUAGUUUCUCGCACGCCGUAUCCAUUUCCCAUCACCGCGCUGUCGGAAGCGCAUCAUCGCACGCCCUUGACAGUCGGUACGAACUGGACAAUCCAUCUCCACGACACGCGAAAACCUCCUCCAGCACCAUCAUCAGUGCGCUGCGAGCUGAUUGGUGGCUCGACAGACACUUCUUUCUCGCGCCUCGAGACGGGUGACUUUGGCGGCCACGUCUCGCUCUCGCAGCCAGGCGCACUAUCCGUCCUACACCUACCAACCACGCGUGAAUGGGAUGGCAAUGGCGAUAUCUGGGUCGGAGGACGCUUCACCAGCAUGCUGAACUUCGACCGCCGCUUCUUCCCCCGUUUGCGCGGCACAGUGCAUUCUGGCGCGCGACUUUCCUGCAUGACCGCCAUCCCGCAUCCCUUUGUGCCGCAGGAUCUCCGACUCGGCCGCCCGUACUCAUCGCCUGCAUUACUCCGUGAAGCGAAAUCCCUGCCAGGCUACACGCUCAUUGCAGCAGGUGAAUAUAAAGGCAAAGGCUCCCUAGAGCUCUACGGCCUAUCCAGUGAACCUACUCGAUCUAUCAACUCGAGUGAUAGCCGCACGACGAGAAAUCAACACGCGUACUAUCAGAAUCGCCAGACAGCUAGUAGCUCUAAACUGCUCUCUGUCGCGCCGCAUGGCACGCGCCUUGUUUUCUCAGACGGAGAUGGAAAUCUAAAGUGGGUGGAGAGGGAUGGAUCGACCCCUGUGCGGCAGUUCAAUAUCAAUGAUCUUCAACGCCCGAGGUCUACUACUACUACCACUACUGGUAAUGCUUCAUCGUCACAUUCUUCCCAACAUCUAGUCAAUCCACACUCAGCCAGCGACGCUGCCUGGGACGACAUCGUGCACAAAAUCCUACCCACAGUUUCCCCCUCUCUCCUCUCCCCGCACUCACCCGACGCCGCCUCCCUCGGCCAAGACAACCUCAUUGUCUGGACAGGCGAUGGCAAACUUGGCAUGGUGGGCUUUGGCCGCGACGCACCGUUUGACGCUGAUGUAUUUGAAGAUGCGUUGGAAGAGCAGGGCGAUGGUGUGCGUUGUGAGAAAGUGCGAGAGAGGGAAUAUAGUGCUGAAAUGAGGAGGGCGCUUGAAUUGCAGGCUAGGGAGUUGAGGUGGUUGAGGGGGUAUGGGCUGUAACGUAAGAAUUGGUGCAUGUUGUAUGUGUGUUAGCUAGCUACGCUAUACUAUGCGGUCCAAUGACGAAACAGUCUAGCAAUUCUCUUUCUCUCCCCUAUUUUGGAUUUCUUGGGCUCGCUCCAUACAUUGUUACAAAAUUCACAUCCCAAGCGCCGCAUCAUCAAGCCAGUGGCUGCCCCCAGCGCAUCUAUAUCCACUGUACUGCUUAAUCCACCAAAAACCUGCCGGACACGGUCCCAGCUCCCUCAGCCUCUUCUGCUUCUGCCUCUCCUGCUCACGUUCUCUCUCUAUCGCAGCCAACACCUCUUCUCUACGCCUCUUCUCUAUCUCCGCUGCAAUCCUCUCUGCUUCACGAAUGCGGCGCUCCUCUUCAUCUGCAGCAGCUUGCUCCGCUCGCUUGAGCUCUUCAAUGCGUUCUUCUUCUUGGCGCUUUUCUUCUUGUAGGCGCUGGUACUCACGUUCUUUUGCGACUAUAGCGUGCUUAUCGCGUUCUAG